AUGGGAUUUCAAGAUUCUCUCCCCCAACAAACCCUCACACCAACAAAUAUCAAAGAAGAAGAAGAAGAAUUAGAAGAAACAGAAACCCUCUCACUAUGUGAUCUCCCAUUAUACAGUGAUCAAAGCCAUGAUUGGGAUGAUCAACACUCCUCCACCACCACCACCUCCUCCGACCAAGACUACUUCGAGUUCUUCAGCCAAGAACUCGUCUCCUCCGCCGCCUUCCUCCCACCGCAAAACAUCAUCUUCUGCGGCAAACUCAUCCCCUACAAACACCUACCAACACCUAACGAUAAAAACCAAAUCACCCUCAACACCACCCAAACAGGCCCCAACAAAACUAGCCGUUGGCGGUGGAGGCUGAGUGGGACCACCAAAUGUACAACAGCGGCGAUGCAGAGGAGGGCGUACAACUCCGGCAAGCAGGUGAAGGUGAAGUGGUACUUUUUCUUAUUCGGGGUUUCGAGAUUUUCGCCGGUGGUUGAGCUGAGCGACAUCAGGAGCAGGCAGAGCCGCCGCCGGACGUCGCCGCCGCCGCCGCCGUCGUCUCCGGUGAUGUUUGGAUUUGAUGAUGGUGAGGUGAUGGGGGAUCGGGGGUGGGGAUUGUGGGGGCUGAUUAGGGCCCUUAGCUGCGGCGGAGGGCGCCGGCCGACCGCCGUGGCCGCGGUGGCUGCGAGCUGA